AGCUUUCCCUAACCGACACGCAACAGAAGCGCGCGUGUAGGAGAACGCGGGAGGCAGUGUCGUCGGAUCCGCCCGCAGUCCGCAGCCCGGCCGAGUCUGGUGGCCGCCCGGAUGGAGCCGCCGCUUCCAGUGGGAGCCCAGCCCCUUGCAACUGUGGAGGGUGUGGAGAUCAAGGGUCUUGUCCUGGAGCCCUGCCACCUGACCCUAGCCCAGAGGAACGGACAAUAUGAGUUAAUAAUCCAGUUGCACGGGAAGGAACAGCAUGUUCAAGAUAUCAUUCCUAUAAAUAGCCACUUUAGAUGUGUUCAAGAAGCAGAAGAAAAUCUUUUGAUUGAUAUAGCUUCAAACAGUGGCUCCAGAAUUCGGAUUCAGGGGGACUGGACCAGAGAGCGCCGCUUUGAAAUCCCUAAUGAGGAACGCCGUUUGAAGUUCCUGUCAGAGGUCCUUGCUGCCCAAGAAGCACACUCACAACUUCUUGUUCCAGAACAAAAGGACUCAUCCAGCUGGUACCAGAAAUUAGACACUAAGGACCAACCUUCUGGUUUUUCAGGGAUUCUUGGAUUUGAGGAUAAUUUUUCAUCUAUGAAUUUGGAGAAGAAAAUAAAUUCACAAAGUCAGCCUAUUGGGAUUCACCGGGAACCUCCACCCCCACCCCCUUCAGUGAGCAGAAUGCUUCCACGUGACAAAGAAGCUUCUAACAAAGAACAGCCCAAAGUUACUGAUACCAUGCGGAAGCUCUUUGUACCAAAUAACCAGUCUGGGCAGCGGGAAGGUCUCAUCAAACAUAUCCUGGCAAAGCGAGAAAAAGAGUAUGUCAACAUUCAGACUUUCAGAUUUUUUGUUGGAACUUGGAAUGUGAAUGGCCAGUCUCCUGAUAGUGGGUUAGAACCUUGGCUGAACUGUGAUCCGGAUCCUCCUGAUAUCUAUUGCAUUGGAUUCCAAGAGCUGGACUUGAGCACAGAAGCCUUUUUCUACUUUGAAUCCAUCAAAGAACAAGAAUGGUCUAUGGCUGUGGAAAGGGCUUUGCAUUCCCAAGCCAAGUAUAAGAAAGUUCAACUAGUUCGCCUUGUUGGAAUGAUGCUCAUGAUAUUUGCCAAAAAGGAUCAGUGGCAAUAUAUCUGUGAUGUUGCUACAGAAACAGUUGGAACCGGAGUUAUGGGGAAAAUGGGAAACAAAGGUGGGGUAGCAGUGAGGUUUGUAUUUCACAACACUACAUUUUGCAUUGUCAAUUCCCACCUGGCUGCCCAUGUGGAAGACUUCGAGAGAAGGAAUCAAGAUUAUAAGGACAUCUGUGCACGAAUGAGUUUUGUGGUCCCAAAUCAGGCCCUCCCACAGCUGAACAUCAUGAAACAUGAUGUGGUCAUCUGGUUGGGAGAUUUGAACUAUAGACUUUGCAUGCCUGAUGCCAAUGAAGUGAAGAGUCUUAUUAGCAGGAAUGAUCUUCCGAGACUCCUGAAAUUUGACCAGCUAAAUAUUCAGCGCACACAGAAAAAGGCUUUUGCUGACUUCACUGAAGGGGAAAUCAGGUUUAUCCCCACUUAUAAGUAUGACUCCAAAACAGACCGAUGGGAUUCCAGUGGGAAAUGUCGGGUUCCAGCCUGGUGUGAUCGAAUUCUUUGGAGAGGAACAAAUGUUAAUCAGCUUCAUUACCGGAGUCACAUGGAACUAAAAACCAGUGACCACAAGCCUGUUAGCGCCCUCUUCCUUAUUGGGGUGAAGGUUGUUGAUGAACGGAGGUAUCGGAAAGUGUUUGAAGAUAGUGUACGCAUUAUGGACAGAAUGGAAAAUGAUUUCCUUCCUUCCUUAGAAAUCAGCAGGAGGGAGUUUGUGUUUACCAAUGUGAAGUUUCGGCAACUACAAAAGGAGAAGUUUCGUAUCACCAACAAUGGACAGGUUCCCUGUCAUUUUUCUUUCAUCCGAAAGCUUAAUGACAGCCAAUACUGCAAGCCAUGGCUUCGGGCUGAACCUUAUCAGGGCUACUUGGAGCCAAAUGAGACAGUAGACAUUUCCCUUGAUGUGUAUGUCAGCAAAGACUCUGUGACCAUCCUGAACUCAGGGGAAGAUAAAAUUGAAGAUAUUCUUGUCCUUCACCUGAAUGGAGGCAAAGAUUACUUUUUGACCAUCAGUGGAAAUUACCUCCCCAGUUGUUUUGGUACAUCCUUAGAGGCUUUGUGCCGAAUGAAAAGACCAAUCCGAGAAGUUCCUGUUACCAAACUCAUAGACUUGGAGAAAUCCCUUCUGCAGAUGGUUCCAUUGGAUGAAGGCACAAGUGAGAGACCCCUUCAGGUCCCCAAGGAGAUCUGGCUUCUGGUAGAUCACUUAUUCAGAUAUGCCUGUCACCAGGAGGACCUGUUCCAAACCCCUGGAAUGCAGGAAGAGUUACAGCAGAUCAUAGACUGCCUGGAUACCAGCCUUCCCGAGAAAAUACCUGGCAGUAAUCACUCUGUGGCUGAAGCUUUGCUCAUUUUCCUGGAAGCCCUGCCAGAGCCUGUCAUCUGUUAUGAGCUGUAUCAGCGAUGCCUUGACUCUGCUCAGGAUCCCCGGGUUUGCAGACAGGUGAUUUCCCAGCUUCCAAGAUGCCAUAGAAAUGUUUUCCGUUACUUGAUGGCAUUCCUUCGAGAACUCUUAAAAUUCUCUGAAUACAACAAUGUCAGUGCCAACAUGAUCGCUACUCUCUUCACAAGUCUUCUCCUAAGGCCUCCACCUAACUUGUUGGCAAGACAGACUGCAAGUGACCGCCAGCGUGCUAUCCAGUUCCUUUUGGGUUUCCUGUUGGGAGGCGAUGAAGACCAAUAAGCCCUUUCUCUUAACUACUCUCCAAGAUUCUAGAGGUGGAAGAUCUUGGACACCAAGUAUUUCAGAAUGAUUUGCAAAGUCAUGUAACAGGAAGGGUCUAUUGCAGAAUUUUGAGGCAUGAAAAAGGAAGAGUUUCCUAAUCCCUCCCUUGCCAUAUCCUACACAGUAAAAUACUAUUAGACUUAUAUUGCCAAGCCAAAGUUACCAUAUUUUGGUGUUUUUGUGUCCUCUCUUUAUAAGACAAAGAGUUCUGUAUUUACACUCCUUUACCUGGGGAUGUGUUUAUUGUCCCCUGCCCAGCUGUCAUGAUUGUCCUUAGCACCCUAGGCCUAGAUUCUGUGAUGUUCCUGUUCUAGGCCUACAAGCACUACUUGGUGUAGCUCAGACUUGUGUGUAGUCCUUCCUCUAAAGCACUUUUGCCCUACCAUCCCCACUUUGCCUCUUUGCACUCUACUAGUGCUAUCACAUCGAAGGAAGUCAGAGUGAGGCUAGUGACUCCUUGGGUGUCCCCAACAGUGAGUUAACGUUCUACAUGUUUUUGUUACAUGCAUUUGUGCAUUUCUACUACAGUGGUAUCCAUAUGUCUCUGUAACAUUGGCCUUUUCAUGGAUCUGCACUGGGUGGAACCAUAUUCUCUUGUCUCAGACCUCAUUUUGUAGCAGAACUUUAGAGACUAUUAGAAAUAACAUUCCAUUGAUGUGAGAGAAUCAGAGUGGGAACACUUUGAGUAUUCACAAGUGAAAACAUUCAUGUUUGACAGGUCCUGCUUCCUACCAUCCCUUCUCUUUUUCAAAUUUUACAUGAGAACUAUGGGACCCAUCUCCCACUUAGAAACACUUACACCACAUUAAAAAAGCUAGUCUGCACCUCAAGCAGGCCUUUUUAGAGAUAUUUCUCCUCCCCCACCCCAGAAAGAGUACUGAGGAUUGAGGAUAAUUCUGGGAACCCCCUUUCUAGUCUCCUGACGUACAAGGGGCCAGUGUCGCCCCAUCCCUCAUCAAGGCUGACUGCACUGUACAGCCAGCUCCCUUUGGCUCCCAGCCACUUUGUCCAGUACUGUUUAAGAGAGAUUGUGCAGUGAGGCCAGCUAAGCACCUUUCUCUGCCACUCAAGGCAACCCUCUGCGCUCUUCAUUUACUCAAGCUCUGUAGGGCAGCCUUUAAAAAAAAUGUAAUCUAUGUCGGUUGGCAAACCAGCCACUGACUGCAAAACUACCUUAUACAAUUGGCUUCCUCAUGGUUUUCUUUCAUUAAAACCACCCUGAGUUAACUUAUUCUUGCCUGUUACUAUUAAAUCCAAGGAGCCUAAUGGACAGGCAUUAUGUCCAGUGUUAGGCGUUGACUCCUAACUCUGGCACAUCAAAGGAGAGAGCCAAUCUCCAGUUCCAUCAUCUAAGUUGAGUUUUUUUGGGGAAAGAAAACAUAUCUUGUAAUAGACUGGUUAAACCCUUUUCCGUCUGGGAUUUAUGGUACUAGGAAUCAAAUUAUUGGUGCCAAAUAGCUACGGAUCUGAUAGAUUAAAGGCUAGGUGUUGAUGUAGUCAGUGGAAGAUGGUGAACAGAACACUUUUGUCAUCUCUACUAGGCCAGAAAGCGAUUAUAGGUGAGGCAUAUUAUAGAAGAUGGGCAAGGUCAUAACACAAAGAUAGAGCAGUGCCUGUCCUGGGAACUGUAUGCAACAUCCUAGCUCUUUCCUCAUAAGGCAAAUGCACUUAGUUCAUUGCCUCAGCCUUUUUUUCCAGCUCUGGUCCUGAGAUGUACACAUGGUUGAGAGUUUUAGACAAUCUCUAGGUAGGUGAGACAAGAAAUAGAGCAGACAUAAGAGAUCUGCCUCCCUACAGUGCCUCUAGCACCCCAACCUCUGAUUCCUAAGUACCUCCAAUGUACUAGUCCAUAACACCUCUGAAGUAAGUUCAGAUCUAACUGUUAGGGAAGGACUGCAUCUUUGGUUUUAGGGAAGAAACUGUUCAAACUUAUGUGGUAAUGUUGCAUUAGUCUCCCUUUCACUGUUUUCUGAUUCUUAUUCUGUAAUUGUUUGUUACAUUUCUCAAACAUGUUUUGGUCACUAAGCAAAGCUGCUAGUGGGAUUCUGUAUUUUGUGUCAUCUUUUUUUAUUAUAAUUUAUUGCAAAUUUUUUUCUGAAUAAAUAUAUGUUGUGUG